AUGUCUCAGACCAACAUAUCUAGUCAGACAUAUGCGAUGCCGAAGUGGCAGUACAAGUCGGCAUUUGAUGCAGCUCAGCAAAUUUAUCGCAAUGAGGGCAUAUUAGCCUUCUAUUCAGGUUUAACACCGGCCCUUCUCGGCCUAUCGCAGCUUGCAAUCCAAUUUCCUCUUUACGAGACGCUAAAGAGAGGACUAACAGGGUCAGGGCUUGGUGAAAUCAAAGACUGCCAAAAUAAAACCUCGGGGAUUAUAGCCGCCGGAUUCCUGAGUAAGAUAGUUUCCACGUCUUUGGCGUACCCUCACGAAGUUAUCCGAACACGGCUUCAAACCCAGCAGAUUUUGAAAUCUUCUACACCGUUAUACCAACGGUAUACAGGGAUUGUGCAAACCGCCCGAACUAUUUGGUUGGAAGAGGGGUGGCAUGCUUUAUAUGCAGGCUUCGGGACAAAUUUGAUGCGAGCUGUACCAGCCUCGAUAGCCACCAUGUUGGUCUACGAGAAUAUGCUCAGUAAAUUAACUGAGCUUAAAGCCAAUGGGGAAAGGAAAUUGGGUUGGUAA